CGGUAUCACCCACCAUCCUGGCAAUUAGACAACUAUUCCCCAGAGUUGAGCAACUCAUCCGCACCAUGUUUACUACCCUUCAGUCGAGCGUUUCUAGCGUAGACAAGAGGGUUCUUGAUAGUGACAUCAUACUUCAAUUCACGGAGGUCCCGAAAGACUCGAAGCAAGGUACCUUCGGAAGAGUUUUCAAUGCCAAACUUCACGUCGACCACUUGAAGAAAGUAUACUCGGUGAGAGAGCUCAACUGCAUACCUAGUACUCGAACAUUGAGCAUCGAGCAUUUAACAGUUGCGGUUGAUGUGGCUAUCAAACAGUUCAGAUCGAAAGAGGACUUGAGUGACGGCUUCUCCUCACCAGAAUCUGCAUGGUCUUCCGAGGUAGAGAUCAUGGAAAAUAUCAUGACUCAUGAAAAAUCACAAAUCGCCCCCAUACUUGGGGGCUUUUUCAACAACGGGAGAAUUCUACAUCAUCGUGCGCUGGGCCACUGGGGGGGGCUCUUAGAGAGUACCUACUGAAAAAACAACAAGAAUCCAACACUGAGUUACUGAAAGAUCUACAUGAACCCAACGGCAACGACCACAGCAUAAACGAUAUAUCGAUAGAACAGGUCAGAGAUUGGACACCUAUACCAGGAUCGGUACCCAGAAAUAUG